AGUUCAGUUCUAGUCAGUUCUAGUUCAUCCAGUUCUAAUAUAGUUCAAGGCUCUACAGUAGUCUAUCAUGAAAACAAUAAACUAACGAUAGCUUUACAAAUAAAUGGCAGGGAACCUAACGGGGAACAAAGCGAAGAAAAUGAUACAAUACAAGCUGGUAGCCAGGAAGACAAUGAGUGCGAAACAAUUAAAUUAAAGGCGAAAAUUAAUGCGAUUAAUGAUGAUAAGAUAAUUAAAGAAUUACCACUACAGAAUACAAUCUAUGAAAAUAGUUGUACUAAUGCAGAAAGUGAAAUGAAAAAUCUGGAAGUUGUUGAGGAAUUAUUAAACGAGAACAGCUCUACCAUUGCCAUUCAUGAAGUCGAGAUAUCGCCAAACAUGGAAAAUGGUAAUUUAGAAUGCUCUUCUAAUGAUUGCGUGUGUUUUUGUAAUGGUGAGGAUGGUGCUCAUCAUGUAUUGUCGAUUGUGGAAAAUGGAUUCUUUAGUAAUCAUAGCAGUAGUGGUAAUAAGGAAUCUGAUGAUGAUGACGAGAGAGAUGGAGAGGAUGAUGAGGAUAUUCCAGAUAAUGGUGAUGACUAUGCAGCUGACGAUAUUGAAGAGAGUGACCUGCCAAAUUAUUCACGCAGCUGUGUGUAUGAGGAACGUAUAAUAGAUUUUGAAAAUUUUCGCAUAAUCGAACAAGUUAUCGAUAAUAAUUGUGAGGGUAAACAUACUGCCGCUAAUAAUGUGAAGUGCAGAAAUGCUAUAGAGUGUAAAGGUAAUUUAAAGGAACAACUGGCAAAUGUAACUGAAACUGAAUCGAAGGAGACGGAGGAGGAAGCCAAUGCCCAACUAGAAUUACCUAGCGUUUAUAAUAAUGAUAAAACGAGUAAACCUAAGAAGUCUACACAAUUUAAAACGAAAUCUGAAUCCUGUUCGGUGGGUAAUUCACCCUUUAAGCGUAGUAAACGUUCGGGUUUUGGUUCGGGAAAUGCUUCGACAUCCAAUCGUAGUGUGGAUGAUAAUAACAAUACGGCGCGUGUUACGGGUAUAACUGCAGCGGAACGUUUAAUGCAAAGUUUAAAUUGUGAUGUAUCGCGGGAAUUGACUCAAACGAAACGUGUCGAAAAACGGGAAAUUAAGACGAAAAGUAAACCCACGGUUAGUGUUAAAACAGCCACGCCUACCAAAACUCUUUUGAAGGCUUUAAAGUCUAAGUUGACACCUUUGGCACCGCCAUUUCAGCCAGCAGCCAAUAAAAGUAAAGAGGCCAAGCUUACAAGCGGAGCUUCCAGCUCAGCUACUUUAGUAAAUUAUGAGCAAACCACCAUCUACUAUCACCAGAAUGCCCAACAGCAGCAGCAGCAGCAGCAGCAACAACAACAACAACAAAUUUUGGCCAACAACAUGUUGCAAGCUUUGUGCUUAAAUACAGCAAAUCAACAGCAUCUAUUGCAACAACAACAACAGGUGUCACCCUCACAACAACAACAGCAAUUGUUUCUAGCUCAACAGCAUCAUCAUUUGCAACUCCAACCGUCACCAGCACCACCACAACAUCAGCAUAUUUUACAGACCCAUAAUCCCACUCAUCCACAACAUCACCAUCAACAACACUGUGCUCAAAAUAUUUUGGCAAUGUCUGCUGCCUCUUUAGCAGGUCAGGGUAUGCCCCACAUACACCUGCCAACUGCUGCCGCAGCUUCAGCAACAAAUAAUAAUGGCAAUUUAUCAUCAACGGCAACAGCUGCUACUGCUGUUAUUAAUGUGGCCGCAACAAAUCCGGCCUCUCACCAUCACCAGCAUCACCAUCUUCUACCGAUACAUUUAAUAUCGGCUGUUGGUAGUACAGGAGGUAGUGGUGGUGGUGUGACCUCCUGGCCUUUGCUAGAACCUAACAAUUCAGCCAGUAACAAUGCUACAGCCACAGUUACAACAACACCCAUUUAUAUGGAUUUUAAUGGUGAAUUACGUUCAAUAUGUCCAGCUCAUGGACCACCACCAACAGCUGUUACAAUUACAACACCCCUGGCGCCAAUAACAAAUCAAGCAUCAACUGCAUCAACAUCUAACCCCAACAACAUAAUGCAGCAACAAAAUACAGUUUGUUUAAAUCCUUCACAAUAUCCGUUAACUGUAACAGCUCAAUAUCAUGCUGCAACACAACAACACCAACAAAAUCAGGCACAACUUCAUCACCAUCUUCAGCAACAACAUCAUCAUCAUUCGCAUCAUCUAACUCAGCAACAACUUCAUCAGUCAUCGUUGGCAAAUUCACAAAAUUCUCCAUUACGCAUAAAAUCAACUGCUUCAACUCAGGCCUCAAACUCUUCAUCGUCGUCCUCAUCUACAUCGGCAGCAGCAACGACAUCUUCAUCAACGGCUGCUGUAGCAACUACUUCUACACCUCCUCGUGUUGUUCUGCAAUUGGAUGCUGGCGUUUCAUUGCCUCUACAGAUUGCUGGCAAACGCAAGAUAUUUCGGG